AAUUAAAAUUCCCCGGAAGUUGGAUCUCUGCCUCUAUACCCGCUGUAUGACGUGCUAUGUGCGACUAGUGUAGAGAAGGCGGCGAACUGAUGACGAGGACAGCCUGGAUACUGUGUGCCGCCGCGGGAGUGCUGUAGCUGGACGAAGUAGAAUGGCGGUGCUUUUGGAGACUACUCUGGGCGACAUUGUUAUUGAUCUGUACACGGAGGAAAGACCCAGAGCUUGUUUAAAUUUCCUGAAACUGUGCAAAAUCAAGUAUUAUAACUACUGCCUCAUUCACAGUGUACAGAAAGAUUUCAUUAUACAAACUGGUGAUCCCACAGGAACAGGAAGAGGUGGGGAGUCUCUGUAUUGUAAAAUCUAUGGAGACCAGGCAAAGUUUUUUGAAUCUGAAAAAGUGCCCAGAAUUAAACACAAAAAGUUUGGAACAGUGUCAAUGGUAAAUAAUGGAAAUGAUCAGCAUGGAUCACAGUUUCUUAUCACCACUGGGGAAAAUCUUGAUUACUUAGAUGGAGUGCACACAGUAUUUGGUGAAGUAACAGAGGGCAUGAAUGUGGUGAAGAAAAUUAAUGAGGCCUUUGUGGAUAAAGAGUUUGUUCCUUACCAAGAUAUAAGGAUAAAUCAUACUGUGAUUUUAGACGAUCCCUUUGAUGAUCCUUCAGGAUUAACCAUUCCUGACAGUUCCCCAGGACCUACUAAAGAGCAACUUGAUAGUGGUAGAAUUGGUGCAGAUGAGGAUAUAUGUGAUGACAAAGGAAAGACUGCUGAAGAAGUUGAAGAAAUGAUUGCAGAGAAAGAUGCCAAAACACAGGCUGUUCUUUUGGAAAUGGUUGGUGAUAUACCUGAUGCAGAUAUCAGACCUCCCGAAAAUGUGCUGUUUGUUUGUAAGCUAAAUCCUGUUACCACAGAUGAAGAUUUGGAGAUUAUCUUUUCAAGAUUUGGAUCCAUAAAGAGCUGUGAGAUUAUACGUGACUGGAAGACUGGAGAGUCACUCUGUUAUGCGUUUAUCGAGUUUGAAAAGGAACAAGAUUGUGAGAAAGCCUAUUUUAAGAUGGAUAAUGUCUUGAUUGAUGAUCGACGAAUACAUGUAGAUUUCAGCCAGUCAGUUGCAAAGGUGAAAUGGAAAGGAAAAGGGGGAAAGUAUACAAAAGAUGAUUUUAAAGAAUAUGAAAAUGAUGCCGACAAAAAUGCCAAAUUUGCACUGAAAUACAGCGCCAAACCUAAACAGGAUGAUAAAUAUGAAUUGGUGCUGGAUGAAGAAGAAUCAAGCAGCAAAGAAAGGCAUUCUGUAAAAAAACAUAAAGACAGAAAGCAUCGCCAUUUGUCCGAUGAUGAAGAUGAACGGAGAAUAAAAAAAUCUAAGGAUUUAGAGAAGGAUGUCCGAGACUAUAAUCGAGAGAAAAGAAGUGAGAAGAAAUACGAAGAAAGCCAUAGACAUUCUCAAACCCAUGGCAGCUACUAUGUAUCUAAAGAAAGGCACAGAGAGGAAACCAAGUCUAGAGAAAAGAGGAGAGACAAGAGCCCCAAACAUCAUAAGAAUAAGUCAAAAUACAGAGAAAGGGACUGAGGAAAGUUACUCAAUAAUAAAACUUUUUUUUUUUUUUUUUUUAGAUUAAAGCAGUUUGAAAAUCUGCUCAUGAAAGCACAGUGAAACCAAUUUAUUAUAUAUGAAAUAUUACUUUGUAGAACCUUAUACAUACUGUAUUUCUGUACUGUGUCCCCUACUUUUAAAGAAAUUAAAAAUACCUUAUAUAA